AUCCAACUUCGCUUAUGCAGACCUCCACUCCUACCUUCAGCGCAAGAUGAUAGUGUAGGCCUAGGAAAGUGAACUCGAUUCUCGAGUCCAAAAGCAAAACCGCGCAAAAACGAGCGCCUUAGCUAUCACAGGUGGCUUCUUUUUGGAUGGUGUUCCAGGAUCAUUGCAGUUUUCGAUUCCUUGCAACCCAAAAGCCAUUGCAGGAUGGCAGAAGGAAAGACAUUAGUGCAAAGUUGUGAUAAGGCUGAGGAAUGUCGCAAGCUUCAAAGCCCUAUCUCCAACGACUUCUAUUUCUACUUCAAGCUUCAAGAGCGUGGCUGGUUUAGGCUUCUCGUCAUGGAGCCCUCUCUUGAUCCACAGUACCGGAUCUCUUGCAGUCUCCUUCAUCGAUGCAUCAAUGAGAACGCGGAUUUUGAAGCCUUGUCCUACGUUUGGGGCACCGACAAGGCUAUCGUUCCGAUCCUCGUCGACGGUGCAGUGCUUCACAUACGAUCAAAUCUAUAUCUUGCUUUGAGAGCCCUUCGCUUGCCUGAUAGACCUCGCAUUUUAUGGGUUGAUGCACUUUGUAUCAACCAAUCCGAUGCUUUGGAACGUAACAGUCAAGUCUCGCAAAUGGCAGCGAUUUACUCUGGUUGCCAUCAAGUCAUUGUAUGGCUGGGAGAAAGCAAUGAAUACGCGGAUCGUGGUAUCGACUUCCUUGGAAAGAUGUGUGUGAAGGCUAAAUCAAUAGAGAAACGGGUUCUCAAGGAGAGCGAGGACCGCCAUCAGCUGUACAAAGAAUGGCUUGAUCUCUACCUCUCAAUGCUUUCUUUACCUGAAUCAAAUGAAUGUUUCAAGGGCAUAUUCUAUAUGUUCUGUGGCGAUUGGUGGAAGAGGGUUUGGACACUUCAAGAGAUCGCUCUUGCCCAAACAGCAGUGGUUCAAGUAGGAAAGAGAUGCUUUCCCUGGGAACACCUCGAGAUGUUAUCUUUACUCGCCACUGUAUGCGCCGUCCAUACGUCCAAGCAGAAUCAGGCAGUUUACACGGAUAUAUCUUCUCGUAUUCAAGUCAGUGGAGCACAAAUAUUUGUCAUGGCAGACACAAUCAGGAUUAUCCGGAUGAGACGACAAGAAAACAUCGAAAUACCGUUAUCCUUAAUGGUUCAAUAUGCCUUGACCCGCUUUGCAACAGAUCCUAGAGAUAAAAUCUUUGCCAUACUCGGAUUGGUCAACUGUGGACCGACCAUCAGCCCUGAUUACAAUCUUAGCUGCAGAAAGGUGUAUAUCUCGGCGUUGGUGGCAAUGUUAGAGUACUUUGGAGACCUCCGGGCUUAUAAUUUCCUUCAGAUCAAUUAUUUCCAUGCGCAGGAAAUGCCUUCCUGGGUUCCAGAUUUCAAGUAUUUGACCACGAACAACAACAUAAGUAGCAUGUCUUUCAUCCAAGGCAGUUCACCCAAUGAUCCUGUUGAUUCUCAGGCAACUAAUGUUCUGUAUGGUGCAGCUUCUUUGCAGCAAGGAAAAAUCAUUAAAUCCAGACUAAGUUUUGAGGAGAAUGGAGAUAUUUUAGUUCUCAAAGGAGUAUCGGUGGAUAAGAUUAGCGUUGUUGGCCCUCCAGCUCGAGAUCGGGUAGAAACUCUAAGCUCUAUAGGACACAGCUCACUCGGUAGCACUAUCAUUUUGUGGAAGGCACUCGUUUCGGACAGUGACGGUAGCUACAUAGCACGCGGGUCGCGCAAAGAGGCUUUCUGGAGAACAGUGGCUCUUGACUGUAAAGUCAUCAACUACCACAAAGGACUCACACUACAGGACAAUCCUCGUGACAGAAGACGGAGGCUAGAUAAGCUUGACGACCUUAUCCCUCCCUCCAAUCCAAAGUCAGAAACAAGACUCUUGCAAGCUUUGAACGAACAAGCCGUUGUGGGAGAAGGUGCGCAAUGCGGCCGAGGCUUCUUCACUACCGAAACAGGUUAUAUGGGAAUGGGACCACCUAAUGUGCAACUUGGAGAUAUCGUCUGUGUGCUAUUUGGCGGCGAGGUACCAUUUGUGUUGAGACCCAGUGAGAAUGGAAUGUACAAGAUGAUUGGUCAAUGCUAUUUGCAUGGCGUCAUGGAUGGAGAAGUGAUUCAAGGUGUCUCGAGAGGGGAUUUCUACUAUACCUAUUUUGCCAUUGAUUAGCUGUAUCUACCAGUCAUUACGUGCAACGCAUACGGAUAUGGUCAAGUUCAUUUUCUGCGAGGUCAACAUGCCUCGAUCUCUUUUUUUCUCGCUUAUUUGACUAAUGUUUUUGGGGGGAAAUUGCAAAAAUCGUUGCCCGGAUACCAGCCGGAGUAUCCUGGUAGUAUCUAGGUGGGACAAACAGAUUCAGUAUAUCACAAGAAGUAGCUGAGUACAUCUUCGCAGGAAACAAGAGCUUAAUGGAUUGUUUUCGGAC